UUCACGGGGAGGCAUGUGACACAUAUAACAACAGCCUUUCAAAUACAGUUCGUCUGCAACUUUUUUUGUCUAACUGGUUGUGAAAGCUGUGUAUUUCAAACGGAGUUACAACAGACAAGGACCACAGAAAAGACCAUAAAUAUGCCCCCCUUCAGCUUCCUGCUGCUGCUGGUUUUGGUUGGAUUCCAGGGGCACAGCUGUGAAAGAUUCCAGCGCAGCGACGAGUCUGCCGCCCAGCGAAUGUGGCCCCCGGAGGCGAGGGCGUUCGGCGGCGCCCUCUACGCCACCUGUAAGAUGAGAGCUAGCACCAAGCUCGCCGCCGGCCUGCCCUCGGUCAGCGGGUACGUGCUGUUCAAGCAGGAGGGGCCGGAGGCGGCGCUGCAGGUGCAGUUCCUGCUGCGCGGAUUCCCCGAGGCGGAGGGCCGGGCCCGAGCCAUCCACAUCCACCAGUACGGCCAGCUGGCCGGCGGCUGCGACGCCACGGGCGGCCACUACAACCCGCGCGGCGUCGACCACCCGGGCCACCCGGGCGACUUCGGCAACUUCGAGCCCCGCCAGGGCAGGGUCCGGGAGACGCGGCGCGCGGACGCCACGCUCUUCGGCGGGGAGUCGGUGCUGGGCCGCGCCGUGGUCGUGCACGAGAAAGAGGACGACCUCGGGCGGGGCGGCGACGCCGGGAGCCUGCUCCACGGCAACGCGGGCCGCAGGCUGGCCUGCUGCGUCAUCGGGAUCAGCUCCCCAAGCAUGUGGGACAAGGGCCUGAAGAAGCAGCAGAGGAGUAGGAACUAAGGGGACAGUGAAACUAAGCUCCUGGGGGGGCAGCAGUGUGCAUGCUGGUCUCUCUGCAAAGCUCUCCCCUCUUCAUUUUUUUAAACUACCCCAGCCAUUAGCUUGGUUCCACAUUUCCCAUAAAAUGGUACAAUGCUGAAGAUUGCACACAUACCCUGGGUAAACACUUUAGCACUGUACACUCUGGGACUUGAACCACUGUAGUUUUAUACAGCUAAUGGACUCUCUGGACCAAUUAGGCAAAGUUCUGUAGGAAUUCAGUUUGACACCCCUGAACU